UUUUUGCUGCUGAAGAAGCGUCCGCCGCUUGGGGUUUGUGGGAGUAAAGGGAAAAUGCUGCAUGACGUUAUAAGCCUUGUCACUGGGGAACCAAAGAGUUUGCUGGAUGUUGUCUCUAUUUGGAGAAACCUUCAUGGGAGUGAGGGGAGAAAAGAUGUCUCUCAGGAAAGCCAGCUGCCUUUGAAAAGGAAGUCGGAAGGAGGAACAAAUAUUGCAGCUAAAAGGCAGAAAACAGAACGACUGAGAAAGACUUUAUCUGAGGAAUGUCAAAUGGAACCUGGAGAGGGGUGUGUGGUACCAGAGGAGAGCAACCAGGACAGCUCAGCUGAAAGCAAGACUUCCUUAGAAGACCCUUCCAAAAGCAAUGGAGAGGAGCCUGUUGCAAAUGAGCAGCUUAGCUUCAGAGUUUCUUGUCGUUGUAGUGGAGCAAUUGCCAAAAUACUUACUUCACAGGAGAUUGGAAGAGCCAUUGGCAUAGCACUCAUGAAGCAGUUUGGAUGGUGCACAGAUCUGCGGAACCCAAACCUGGAGGUCUUUGUACAUCUUAAUGACAUUUAUUCUGUAGUGGGGAUUCCUCUUUUCAGGCUUCCGUUGGCAAACCGCGAGUACAUCAAAGCGGCGGGGCUGCGAUCGACCAUCGCGUGGGCCAUGGCAUCUCUGGCUGAAAUCAGUGCAGGUGCCUUUGUGCUGGAUCCCAUGUGUGGAGUAGGAACGAUACUGCUGGAAGCUGCUAAAGAGUGGCCUGAAGCCUGUUACUGGGGUGUUGAUAUAAGUGAUUCACAGUUAGAGGGUGCAGAUGUGAAUAUUAGAACUGCAGGCUUGAUGGAUAAGAUUGAGUUACUUAAAGCUUCUGUGAAAGCAUUGCCCUUGCCUUCAGAAAGCUUUGACGCUGUGAUUUCGGAUAUUCCAUUUGGGAAGAAGUUCAAGAUCACAAAAGACAUAGAGCUUCUGCCAGAUAUUCUCCAGGAAAUGGAGAGAGUACUCUGUGUUGGAGGCACUAUUGUGCUGCUAUGGAGUCAAGAUCUCCAUAAGUGCAUGGAUGGCAUUACCAGGUGUGCUGAAAAGGACUCUUCUAGUGCCAUUUCUGAAGGUGCAUGUGAAACUGCUGCUGCAAAAGCUCUGAAUGUUGGUGGGAAUUCCUCCUUGGGGAAUGGUGUUGAAGAAUCCUUUCUCAGCAGCCGACAGACACGUUUUGGGUCUCUGGUGCCAGAUGGUGUCUAUGGGGUUAGCCUUGGAAAGACAGAUGCUUUCAUAUACAAAUACAGGAAGACCUCUGCUACUGGGAAUCGGUAG